UUAGUUCAGUUAAUUUAACGCAGAGUCACUGUCCGCCUCGGGCAGAGAAAGCCACGACUGUUGCUUGGUAUGUUCGGUCCAGGAGACGGCUGAGUCCUCGCUGUGUUUGUAGGAUUUAACAACUUACCAUUCAUUAUCAGCGUUAAAUACCAGCCCGUAACACUCGGAAACAUGAACGGUAAGUCAGCGAACGGUACGCUGGGAGGAAUGGCCUGUAUUGAGGGUCUGCCGCCGCUGCCGAAGAGCCUGAGCGGGCUGCUGAACUCGAGCGGUGGAUCUUGGAGAGAAAUGGAGAGGAUGUACGUGAAGAAAACCAUGAUCCAGGACGACCUGAGCCGAGGCAGGAACAACGCCGACAGCCUCCUGGCCAGCAAGCCGGCCAACCUGGACGCUGCUCUGGCUCUCCUGCGGAAAGAGAUGGUAGGACUGCGUCAGCAGGACAUGUCACUGCUGUGCCAGCUGUGGUCACUCCACGAGUCCAUCCAGGAGUACAAGGGGAGCUGCCACGAUCUGAGCGCCGCCUCCAGCCUCAGCAUGAUGGAGAACGGCUACUUUGACGAGGAUGACGAGUACUACCCAGAGCCCGGCGCCACUCCCACUGGGGAGCAUCCGGACGGAGAGGCCGGGGACGGCCUCUUGGCAGCAGCCAAGAAUGGGAGCCUCAUCAGCGGUAAAGAGGACAGCUGGGAUUCCUUCCAUGUUACCAUCUGAGGCCUCGUUCCCUGUGGUUUUUCUUUUCUGCAGACGGAUCCGUGUUUUAGGGGUUGAGCAAAGCUGUGAGAAGGGAGUGGCUGGUUGGAGAUAGCAGCCUGGAGUUUCAUGUUGAUGCAACAGACCGUGAAGGAGGAAAGAUCCUGUCUUAACUCCUCAGGUGAAAUUUGCUUUGCUGCAGGAGGAGUUUUACAGAAUUUCUUCAGACUGCAGAGAUGAGAAUGUUUUAAAACCAAGACUCCAUAUUAUCUGCUGCUCUUGUUUCAGCCAGUCACUCUUCCUUUUUUUUUUUUUUACAUCAUCAAAAUAUAUGAACAAAGUUUUAUUAUUUAUUACAUAAUAUAAAUAACAAAGUAUUCUUUUUCUUUUUACUCUCAUUGAAAGUUUUGUACGAAAGGUACAAGCAGAAAGGUUGGAAAUACCAGAACUGUGGACUUUGUAACUCUUCAUCACUCUCGCUGCAGGUGGAGGAACUAGUUGGACCAAGUGAGGCUUACUUUAAAGUGGUAAAAUAAUGCAUUUCCAUGAGUCUAACGCAAAGACGGGUGAGGUCCUCCUAAACAGUGGAGCAGAGCUGGUUUACUGUGCAGGGAGGACAUUCAGAAGGAGCAUAUCUGGUAACAUGGAACAUCUGCAAGGAGAGAAAAUAAUCUGAGUAGCUGUUUUUAUGGUCAGCGCAGCAUCAGUUCUCUGCUUUUACAACCAGCAUUUACUGAGCAGAACCUCAGAAACAAACAUCAACAAAAUCUGAAAAAGUUUCUGAAAUCAAGGCGUGUUUUGUAUGUGCAAGCUGCAAUGUUCUCUUAUUUCUAAAAACGGGACAUUCAUGGGGAAAAUAGGAGCAGAAUUUGCUGAAAUUAGCUUUCCAUUGUGGCCUUUACGUCCUGCUGAAAGCUGCAGCUACGGACCUUCUGGGUUCUAGAACAGAUCAUCCUAGCAGAAUGCUCUCUGCUGAUGUGGUGUUUCAGCAUAUCUACAUCCAGUCACAAUUAUUAAUCUCUGCUUCCCUCUGAAGCUGUAGCAGAUGGGGGACGUUUCAUAAACGCAAGUUUCGUUUAUGGGGCACGUCUGCACAAAUCACAGUAAAUCAGCCUUAUUUCAGAUGUAAAUGUUCUCUUUUGCUUUUUUUUUUGUUGUUUUUUUUUUUUUUUUUAUAUUGACGAACACAUUCUCUAACCCAAACAAAUGAUCUGCUUGGUCUUUCUUCAGUUUCUGCAGCAAAGCGUCCAUCUGAACCUGUAGCAUGCGACGUCGCAGCUCCGUAGCAGUUAUUCUUCCAGGUCAGGCUAAAUUUCUCAACCCACCGUCGUUUUUAUGCCUGCCUGCCACAAACCAAAGGCAGUCCUGCACUCAGCCUUGUAUUUGAUUAAAGGUCUGGAUAGGAACUGUAUGAAUGAUUUUUAUCUGAGGAAUGUUCUAAAGUUACUCUGCAGCAGCUGAAACAAAGACGAGUGCUCCAAACAGGCCAGUUUCCACCAUUUUCUCUGCAGAUACACUAAAUUUUAGUCAUUGUUAGACUAAAAGAUUCAGUUAUGAUUUAUUACCUCCUUGUGUGUGUUUUUGCUGGUCAUUUCACCACUAACCAUUUCAUAUCCUGGCGGUUUUGGUCCUUUCAUAAUGACUCGUAGCCCAUGUGUUUGUAUCUGCAUUGAUUUUAAGUCAUUUUUUACCAUCUGCUCAUAUUUAACAGUAAAGACGCGUGUUUCAUUUAGUUCAAUAAAUAACCAGCAGUAACUCGCUCCGUUAUUUUGGUUUCAGCAGGGAAGUCAACCGGCCCAGGCAGGGAUCAGAACCACAGUGAGUGGAUUUACAGAGUAAUAAAAAUCAUCAGACAAUAAUUAACAAUUUGAUUUAUAUCAUACAUUAGAUCUGAGCUUUUCAUUAUAAUUUCUCUUAAUAAUUCAUCAAAAAUAUUGAGGAAAGAAACUGAUGCAUUAUGUACAUGAGUAUGAAGUGUGAUCAUAGGUGCAGCUAUAAGCAUCAACACUGCGUUAGCUGUAAACUAAUUAAUCAUAAACCGAUAUGGUAAUCGGUUUAAUGCAAAGGUUAGUUUCUUAUAGGUUUUGUUUACUUCCGUUACUAUCAUCACAGUUGUAGAUUUUUGGGAGAAAAAUGUAAUUUCAAGCUUUAAGAAACACUAAUUUCCAAUUUUUUAUUGAACCCAAAAAAAAAAAACCAUACAUUGAGUAAAUUCUCAACAAUUAAAAUUAUUCUUGUUAAAGCCCUAAAAUCAGAAAACUGGGGAAAAUGAGACUUUGCCCAUUAAAUAUCUGAUCCAGGAUAUUUCACUGUUGGGUUUUAAAUUAAAGCUGCAGAUCUGCAGCACCCUCCACACUUUAUAGGCACCCCUGGUAAAGAUGUGUAAAGAGCCUUAAAAUCAAUUAGUCUUUUACUCCAGAAGCUUAAACUCAUACAGAAAAAUCCAGCCUAUAAAUCAAUGAAAUGUAUGUUUUGUUUACAUAAAUAAAUACUUUUAAUAUGAUGCUUUACGAGUCCCUAUGAAUUUCUAAUUAGUAAUCCACGACCCUCUGUUUACCUGGAUUAAUAAUGUGACGUGACAUGGAGGCUCUUAGCUACUAGAAAAUGGGAAAGACAAGAGAACAUGCCAUUCAAGUAGUACUCUUAGAAACUCAUCCUGAUGUACAGUGAGAGCAGUAAAUGGACAAAGGUUAAAACGGCUGAAACUAUGACUUAACAUUGAGGAGGAGGAGGGUGGCAAGUUUCGUUUGAAAGAUUCUGAAUGGAGGUAAACGUCUGAAACAUUCGCUGUUUACCAGGGGAGCAAAUAAUCAUAGAGGGUGUUGUAGUUUAAAAAGAAAAAGACGAAUAAACAUUUAGGUAAAUCAUUGCUGAUUUAUUUUAGCAGGCUUCCGGUUUUUGGAUAAAUUAGAGGAAUGUGGAGCUCAUACAUGCAAGCAUUGUGAUGAUAGGAUUAUCUUUAGCUGAUUCUCGCCCCUCUGUGACGUGUUUUUGAAUCUCUGCCUUAUCUGUAACUUGGAGGUAAAACGGCAGAAUGGCUCCCACAUGUUAAAAUCUAAGGCAAACAAAAACUCCUCAGGGGUCAGAGAUGCAAGGCAGACUGUAGCUGCUGAAGAGGUUUUCUCUGGUCUGACUCUUAACGCUCAUGUCUUCGCAGAAAUCGCGUUUGGUGUGAACGCACCAUUAGAUACAUCUGCAGGCAUCUAGAUGGAAAUAAGACAAACAUGUCUUUCUCGUUGUAAACUGAAUGUUUUUUAUCGGAUUGUUGUGUUCGUACAAAAUGUUUCGAUUUCUGAUUUACAUUCAUCCGGAUUUACCCCUAAGACCCGUUUUUCCAUUGGAUGUCUACACAGUUAGUGCCUUUGUCAAGCUGUAGCUUCCUGUUGAAGAUGAAAAAGAAAGUGAACCCCUAAUCGUUUGGAUUGUAUGAUGGCGUAUUAGGGGGACCUAUUUUUUGUUUUGAUUUCCCAGUUCAGAAUGAAGUCAGAAUGCUGACAAAAGUUGAAUAAGUUUAAAAUGUUUAAAAUAUUGAGUUAAAUUGUACAUUUUGAGAAAAUUGGCAGUUGUAUUUCAUAAUUAACAUCAGAAUGUUGCUGUGUUGUAUCAGAGCAGUCUGGAUUAUUGAUUUCAGCAAUUACAAUCUCAUUGCAUAAAAAGGUAUUUUACAUUUUUUCAUUUUAAACUUUAUUCUUAACAUUUUAUUCUUCAUGUUUUUCAACGUUUUCCUCGACAUACAUACAUAUAUUUUGACUAUACAUUUGAGCUUUUUCCUCAAGAUAGUGAAUUUUUCUCUCAACACUGACUUUCUUUUAAUAUUUUGCCUUUAAAGUUUGACAUUUUUUCUCUACAUUUAAAGGUUUUUGUCAAUAUUUUCUUUAACACAGCAUGUACUCUACAUUCUGUCCUUUUUUUUUUUUUUUUACAUUUUGUCCUAUCAACAUGUUUUUUUCUCAUUUUGGCACUUCUCUAUAUCUUGGACAUUUUCCAUCCAUUUCUGCUAACAUUUUGACUUUUCUAUCAGCUCUCCUCAUGUUUUCUACUCUAAUCUUGAAACGGGUACACCAACAAAAACUCCAUGUUGUUUUCUUUUAAAUCUAAGUGACCAAAAUACUCCGUCUCACGGAUUGUUUGUCCUGUAUUUUGGGUUAUAAAGCUGCUCCAUGUAGAAUCUAAGAUAUAAUCUGAUAAAUUAGCUCUCUCACUGUGGGAUUUCCCCCUUCACUGAAUCUCUCUAUUAGUUUAGAAACUGGUUGCAGCUACUUAAUCAUUGUGGCCCAACUGUAAACAGAAUAAAGAUUAAUAUUUGUGUAUGAAAUUCUUUAUUAUGUAAAAAGACAGCGGGACAUUUGGGUAUUUUCCUAGCUUCCUGGUCUUGGUUUUCAGCCCCCUGUCUGUGGGGCCAUUUCCAUGUUAUUGAUGGAGGAUCCAGCUGUCAGCAGUGGUGUAUUUUUGACUCAUCCCACCUCGGAAAUUUGAGUGGAAACUUUGCCUUAAGUUUUCUGAACAUGAAACCUCAAACACGGACCUGAAAAUGCUCUCGAGACCAAUUUUAAUCCUCUACAUGCGGCAGCUUUAAAUUACAAUUUCUACCAGCCUUAAAACCAGUCUCAUGAUGUGGUUAGGAAGCUGAGCCGUACACCUCUCACUUUGGACAAUUUGAGUUUAUUGCACAGGCAAACAGCUGCUCUUUGUAUUAAUAAAUCCAGCACAUGAGGGCUAAAGAGGAGCUUGAACACUAAACACCAGCUUAUUGUACUCUCUGCUUCUACGUUAACAGCCUAAACUGUUCCCCAUUUGUCAUAAUUACUGGAUGUUCAUAUUGGAGAUAUUUUCUCAGGGUGUUGUGGCAAAAAUUGUGCUAAAAGGUGACCCUGUCAAUUCUGGUAUUAAGUGAUGUAUUUUGUCUUCAGAUGGCGGGGUAAAAUGUAAACAAUGGCACCCACAUAGAAUGGAUUUUUAUUUGAAUGUUACAAGCAUCAUAAUGAAAAAGCAAGAGCCUUACUCUUCACUUGAUCAUGUGGACCAAAGUGGACUCAAUUGACCAGAAUGCAAUGCAGCCGCUGAAGCCUGACGUGUAGAAACUCAUCUGAAAGGUACUUCAUCACCGUCACGCCUCAGUGUUCACCCCUGUGCUGCCACGGCUGUUAAACCUUUAGGGAGGAAUCGGACUCCUCGGCUCGUUAAAGCAGGAAUCUGAGAGCUUUCGUGUAGCCAACCUCAUCAAGCAUAACGGUCAAUUUAAUACAUGUAUAUUGAUAACAUAAAUAAACAGGUUAAAUCUGUUGAGAUGAAUCAAUGUAUACAUCUUUAAUCAGUGCAAUUGGAAAAAGUUAUUUCCUGGUGCAAACAGGAAAUCUGAAGGUUCUGUUUAUUACUCUGGUUCUGUACCACAGGACAGUUGUUUGGACUGUAGUAUCAAUUAUACUUACUGUACUCAUUUAAUAAAGUCAUUCCAUACUU